CCGACGGGAGCGUGAAAUAAGAUUCAUUUGGACGUCCUCUUCGAGCCCUCUUUUCGUGCCCCGCCGAACGUGGGGAAUUCUCAAACAGUGAUGCGACAUUGGAGCCACCCAACAGCAACACCCUCAACAAGCCUCGCAGCGGCUCCUCGAAGGCUCAUCAUAUCCCCCCGCCGUUUACCGUUUACUGGAGAGAUUCCGAGUUCGCUUCGGUGUCAGGAACGCCAUUGGAAAUUGCGAACUCACAACUCGCCCCUUGUUCCCAGCAACUCGAGCUCGUGGGAACAUUCACUCUGCAAUCAUCUCCAUUGAAGGCGCUGCUUACAAAGGAUAUCAACCGCUAACUCGCUACUUCAAAGAAAAGGGCGGGAGUGGUUGUUGGCUCGUCGUCGGUACCCAUCAUUGAGGACGGAAUGGCGGGUGGAGCCCCGGAGGCAGGAGGAAAUGACGAGGACAUUGUCACCGACGAUAACGGUGACGAUAAGCCGACUACGACGAUAAUAGUAACGAAUGCCACCGAAGACCCUUUGCGGCUCGAAACCCCGGGGACCGCUCACCCGAAAUUGAUUGAAAGCCUUGUGCACGAUUCAAAUACGAGCACUCCCACGACUUUGUCUGAAACCACGUGCACGUCAAGUGCAUCCUCCUCCUCCUGCGACUGUUCCACAUGCUCCUCUGCUCGCUCCUCUCCAGGGCCUUCGCGUCCCCGCAGCGCGGUGUCGUUGCGGCUCGAGAACAAUGUCGAGCUUUCGGCUCGACCAUCGCGACAUUCCCACGACGAUGACCGCUGUUCCUCGUCAUCGUCGUCCAACGUGGAAAAUGAUGCCCUUCAUAACCAGCACUCGCAUAAUACCCACAGCGCACCCGUAUCUCCGUCUCCGCUCGCAGGCCUCAUGCCGGGAACGAAUCUCAGUGCGGAACGUCGAAAAGCAGCACGCGAAAGGUUGCGGUCCGCCAUGGCCGCUGUAUCGACGGUGUCUAUGAAGGAAAAGGAACGGCAAUUACAACAACAACAACAACAGCAGGGUGACCGUGGCAGCAGCCGGGAUUGGAUUGGUGGUUUAAGCCCUGGGAGGGGACAUAGCAAACGACCGAGUACGGAUAGCACGGCGAGUCAACGUGAAUCGACGGGUGGACGAUCUGACACGCCGCAGAUUGGGCCACCAUCACCAAAUAUAUCCACCCCUGCAUCGACACCGACGCCUGCGCCGAAUUUGGAGGAGAUGGACGCAAAGAACAAAACCAGUCAACUGGGAACUCUCAGUGUCAUUGCCGCCGCAUCAGGCUGGGACAUCAGACUUCGUGAACUCGUCAUGCGCGAAGCGAAGCAUGGUGAAGCCUCCGAACCACCAUCACCAAUACCACUGCGUGGAAAACUGAGCACUCGCGUCCGUUCCUUCACCACCUCAGCUCCCACCACCCCCACAAAUCCGACGCCCUCGAAAAGCGCAGACGGCAGUACAGACGACCUCACGGCAAAUCCACUCCGUCGGAGAAGCUCAGUAGUCUCGCGUUACUCUGCCCUGUCGGGCUCGUGGGUGAGCAUGGGCAGGAAUAACUCGGAGUACUCGAGAACGAGAUCGAAGGAUGAAAGCUCGUUCCAACGCAGGAACUCGCAUAGCCAUUCGCCAUUGCAUGGCCGGUCUCCCAGUAGAUCCGCGCCGGAUGUCACAGUGUCCGCAAACCCCAGAACUGGCGAGGACGGCGAUACAACCCAACAAGGCAAUCAAAUCCCUGCCGAAGACCAGGACCUCGAAGACUCCACCUUCACGCACGAAGAAGGCGACAUCCAACGCUCCCGCCACAUCCGCCGCCGCACCACUGAAUACACAACCAUCGCCAACGCAUUCGACGAACGGCUCCGCGAAAUCGUCCUCGAAGCAGCCGGCGGCCUCGAAAAAACCCGCCAGGCCGCUCGGUCCCGUAAUAGCAUCUCCUCCUCCGCUUCCCAAUCGCACGAUACCCCCCUCACACACCGACGACCCCUGUCACUCAACAUCCAACGCCCGCGGACGCGAUCGAUGAGCGGGUCACAUUUGGACGACCGGGAUGAGCGAUCGAUACGCGUACGCACCGCCCCGACGACGCCGCUGACGAGGCUUUCGAACUCGGCGCAGGAUGUGUUGAGGAGAAGGAAUGAUGUUAUUCCGUAUCGGAUGUCGCCGGGGGUGGCGGAUGGGGAUGGUGGUAGGGAUUAUAUGGAGGGUGGGGAGGCGGGGAAGGCAAGGAAAGGGAGGUUUCAGGCGGCGUUGCAGUAUGUGCCGGCGUCGCCUGUUACGCCGACGGGGGUUGAGUUGGACGGAGGUCGGGACACGGAUAUCAAAGUGGGAUCGGCAGACACACUUAUCACUAAUCAGGCACUGAUGUCUGGGGUGAUGUCUGGGGUGAUGUCUGGGGCCAGUUGCGACGCUGGCCCAGGGACGAUUAGGAAGGCAAAUCAAUCGGAGCCGCCGGACGGACGAGGCGAUUGCUCAUCGCAGACCACACCGCUAUCACCCCCAACUGUCCAACAACCUCCAACCUCUGCCUCGCCCACACCCGCCAACCGCCCAAAACCACCAACCCACAUCCCGACCCCAAUCGUCGCCCUCUCACCACCACCCUCCUCAACCAUCACCUUCAGCAUUCCACAUGUGCCGCAAUCUCUAACGGCCGCAGCCGCGGAAGCACAACCUGGACUUCAUGACCCUAAGGUAGAGAUCUCCCAGCCGGCGGAGAUCACACCCACAUCAUCACCACCAUCAAGGGAACAAGGCAGAGAGAAGGAUGUAGAUACAUAUACCCCUCCCUCUUUUACGGCCGAAUAUACACCACCAGCACCUGCAGCUGAAGAACAACUACAUCCCUCACCAAGCCCCGCAUCGGAAUCACACCCUUUCGAUAUACCCCCCGCCACGAUCACACCCAUGACGAUCAUAGCGCCCGCAAAGGGCGAUUCGGCGGUGCAUCUUCCGGACCCGUCAGCACCAUCCGAACAAGCAGACCCCGGUGUCGGCGUCGGCGUGGAGACGUCUUGGCGGUUUGUGCGACACACGGAAGUGAAAGUUCCGGAGGCUGUGGUUGGGGAGGUGAAUAUGAGCACUACCAGCGUUAGCACGGACAUUUCGAAAGACAUCUCUCAGAUCCUGAAGACGGGAAUGUAUGAACAAGUGCAUGAGGAAAAGACACAGGAGACUGUGGUGGAAGGAUGGGAUCUGUUGGAUGAGGAGAUGUUUAUCAAUUACCUUUGAGCACCUGCAGACGUACGAUGAGAAAGCGCGAAAUCCUUUCCAUUCCCACCCGCUUAUAUAGCUGUGCUUUCUUAUACCCCCACUCGUUUCGGCGCAUAUCACAUAAUGAUACAUACAUUCAAUACAUACAUACAUAGAGGUAAUAUAU